AUGAAGUUCGGAGGAUACUCCGGCUUCACCUGGCUGAACGACUUCCAUAGCUUCAAUUUCGACACCAGCACCUGGCAGGACAUGCGCACCGCCGAAUCUGGGUCUGCGUUGCUGCAGCGGGGCACCAAAGCCUAUAUGAGCACCGACCGUGCGAAGGAAGUUGAGGAUGCUGUGGAAGCAGAUUUUGUGACGCAGUACCGCGAUGACUAUGCAGCAGCGCUGAUGGCCGCCUCCCCGGGCAGCGAAACACGUGUGCCGCUGAUUCUUGUCGAUGACCAGGCUACCCUGAAGUCGGUGAUCGAUGCGCUGAAGGUGCAAGAGCUUUUCUACGUGGGAGAGAAAUGCCGCGAUGCGCCGUAUGCGGAUUUGGAUGAGGACAUCUUCCUCGAUGUUGCCUUGGGGCGCAUUGUAGCACGAAACUUGGCAUCGGCGAGCCUUCUAGUGUCUCGCAUCGGCAACUAUGACUAUGUCCGUGACGCAGCUUCAGAAGGUCGCUUUGGCAUGGGAGGGACUUUGAAAUCCUCUGCAGACAGCAUCCGACCCGCUCUCACCAAUGUGGGUUUCAGUGUGGACAUGGUGGAUGAACACGAGCUUGCGCAACUCCAGAAGCUUCAGGUCUCUGCGUUCAUCCACGUGGACCAUGCUGGAGCUGGAGGAAUGGGUCAUUCCUUCAAGUACAACACCAAGGUGCUGCUGUCUCCUUCUGUGGUGAGUUCUGGUGGUUGCUCCACAUCUGGCUUCGACAAACUCAGCGAUCCUAUGGACUCGGUGGUCUUGACACUGCUGCAUUACGGAGCUGUGGCAUUUCUGGGUGGGCCGCGGAAUGCGAUCACCGCCUCCGGCUUGGUGCAUAAGACCGCCGAGUACGUGAUGAUGAACAUCGCUUUGAUGGGGGACCCGGCCUUCAAACUCUUCAUUCCAAGUGCUGCAGCAGCGGCCGGCUGGAAGAGAUCUCUACUACUAUGGGGCCCCUGGAGCCACGCCACAGAGAAGAUGUGGCAUGGAAGCAAGCUCCAUGAUGUUGAGUUCCCAUACCUCUAUGCGCGCUUUACCACGACGGCGGACGUGGUGGGCUUCAAGGCAUCCGAAGUGCCUCUUCCACUGGGCUGGACCGGCCCUGAUCGCGGACGCGGCUAUCCCGGUUCAGCUGGCACCAGCUUGCACGAGGACCGCCACGCAGAUGGCAGCAAGACGCUCAUGUGGCGCGCGUGCGUGACGGGUCAGCUCGCGGACCAGACCUACGAGAUGAUCCUCGGAGGCUCCGCCAAGCCCACGCCGCACGACUUGUGUCAAAAGGGCUGCGUGGAGCAUGAACCUGCGCUCUGGUUCUCUUCCUACGACGACCUUGUCAACAACACUGGCUCCGGUGGACAUUUGCAAGGCGCAAUGCAGCCAGGAGCGGAUGCUUCGAAGAGGGAUGGCGAGGCAACGUAG